GACAGUAUAAGCGGUUGAGCUAAUCAUUAUUCAGUGGUGUUUUCCAACUUUAUUCCAUGCAUCUCCACAUUGUCAAUGUCAUUGAUAUUGUUCAUGAAAAUGGAGGGCGCAAGGGAAGAUCCGUUCAGCACCGAGCCUGACGUGGUCAAUGGGGCCGAUGAGUUCGCAGCUCUCGCGUCCAGGCUUCCAUUGGACGAGCCCUCAGCGGAUGGGCCACAGGAGCCGAGCAUCUUGAAGGAAGAAAUUACAAUCACAGAUGCAGCGUCAGAAGAGGAAAAGCCUGAUUGGAAUGCAUUUUCAGAGCCAAGCGUGGUUCAGCAGGUGCAACAGAGCAGCGAGAUCAGUGCAGAGUUGGCAGAUGUGCAAGAAGGAGACGAGGGGGCUGAGAAGGAGGAAAGGGAGUAUGAUGAGGCGAAGAAUGUUCCAGACGCAGAAGAGAAGGACCCCAUCGCGGACGAGCUGGACGAUCCUGGACAAGUUGCGUCCGGACCAAACAGCAUCGUAGGAGAUGUCCUUUACAGUAUUGCAACCGGCGAGCAGGAGGGGAAGUCGCGCCAAAGAAUCCUAGCGUUUGCUGCCAAAAGGUACGAGAAUGCUGUGCAGCGGAACCCGAAGGAUUAUGAUGCUCUUUACAACUGGGCGCUGGUAUUGCAGGAGAGUGCUGACAACACGGGGCCAGACUCGGGGGGCGAGGCGCGGGACCGCCUGCUCGAGGAGGCGUGCAAGAAGUACGCCACUGCAACGCAGCUGUGCCCCACACUGCAAGAGGCGUACUACAACUGGGCGAUUGCAAUCUCGGACCGAGCCAAGAUCAGGGGGCGGCGAGAGGAGGCGCAGACGCUAUGGAGACAGGCGUGUGAGAAGUACGAGCGGGCGGUGCAGCUCAACUGGGACAGCCCACAGGCGCUCAACAACUGGGGGCUCGCUCUUCAGGAGCUGGGCACGAUCGUGCCCCUUCGGGAGAAAGCCGCCAUCGUGAAGAAAGCCAUCAGCAAGUUCCGGGCGGCCAUCCGGCUGCGAUUCGACUUCCACCGGGCAGUCUACAACCUGGGCACAGUGUUGUACGGGAGGGCGGAAGACAUCCUACGCAGCGGGCGGAAAGGCGACGGGAAGCACGUCACGCCUCAGGGCGUCUAUGCGCAGUCGGCAGUGUACAUAUGCGCAGCGCAUGCGCUGAAACCAGACUACCCCGUGUACGUAAGCGCCUUGCGGCUCGUCCGAAAGAUGCUGCCCCUCCCCUUUCUCAAGUCCGGCUUCCUUCUGACGCCCCCGGCAAGCGGCGCUCUUACCCCCCAUGACACGUGGACCAAGCGCUGGUUCGUGCUGGAUCACGAGGCGUUUUACGAGAAACCAAAUGAGAGGCCGGAGCCUGCGCGCCACGCUGGGAGCUCGAGCCACGCGCACGACGAGGAGAUGGAUCUUGAGAAGAUGCUGCGGAUCGACAUGGGCAGCAUCGUGUCCGUAGCGCCCGCGAGCGAUUUGAGCCUGCCAGCGGGCGGCGGCUUCCGCGUCGAGAUCCAUGGCAGCCCUGCGCUGUACCUGGUUGCGGAAACCUCCGACGCCAUGGACGGGUGGGUGGACGCCAUUCGACUUGUAUACACGAUCAUCGUCAGAGGCAAACAGGAUGCGCUCAUGGGUGUUUUGCGAGGCUAGAAGGGGGCGCUUUGAAUUGCUGGGUCACCAACCUUACCCGUCUGUUGUCAGUAGGUUGGACAGCGCGUCUGAGCAUUUCUCUACUGCCUGGCAGAAGAGGACGUUUCCUCUUUCUGCAUGGAAUGUUGACCUAUCGAUGUUCGGCAACAUGGUCCCGCCAGGCAAUAUGAGGCGCAGCGUAAUGCGACUUGAGC